UGACGUGUCGGCUCCUCCAGCACAGUGCUCAUGCUCCAGCAGCGGAAUCAAGCCAGUCAACAAAUCUGCCAGCAUGGCAGCAAAACACUUCUACCGACAGGGCUUUCUAUUACUUUUAUUCAAUUUUAUUUCAACCGCAGCCUUGGAAAAAAGGUUCUCCGACUUUAAAAGAUGCGCCGAUAAGGAGUGCAGCAUGCUUCUAUGUCGGGGAAAAGCUGUGAAAGAUUUCUUGGGACCAGACUGUCGGUUCCUGUCAGUCAAGAAAUCAGAAACUAUCUAUGUAUACUAUAAAUUGUCAGGAAGAAGGGCCGACAUAUGGGCUGGAAGUGUUGGAAGUCACUUUGGCUAUUUCCCAAAGGACCUUCUUGCAGUUAACCACAUUUAUACUGACAUAGAAUUUGAAGUUCCAGCAGAGGAAACAGAUUUCGUCUGUUUUGACACUGGAUAUGAUAAGUUUCACAAUUACGACAUAGAUUCACUGUUAGGCUCAUCACUGGAGGAGAAUGACAGUGAAAAUACAGGAAAAUCUGACCCAAUCCAAGUGGCAGAGGGCACGCAGGAAGAAUUACAACCAUCAGCAGACGAGGCAACUGACCGUGAAAAACAAACGGAGCAUCAUGAUAACUCUGAGGAUCUUGUCCUAUAUGAUCAAAGUGCCUCUUUAUCUGAACUUGAUGUGGCAACUGAGUCAUAUUCUAAACCAGUUGCAGAUUCUGAUACAGCAGCUACAUCUGAUGCUAUUGAGAGAGCUGCAGAAGACAGUGAAACCAAAGAUGCACCUACAAAAUCUGAAGUGCGAUCUGUGUCCAAAGAUGAUUUUGUUUCAGAAAAUGAACCAGUCUCGAUUUCUGAAGGAAUGCAAAUCCCCCAGUUAAAAACUACCCUUGGAACAACUUUUGAUGCUGUCGCCUCAGAUGAAGAAAUCACCAAGAAAGUUACCCCAUAUGAAGAGGAGGAAAGUGACUAUGUAGAAAAUCCUCCCAAAGAUGAGAUUGAUGUCGAAGUUGAAACUCCAUUGCUGUCUUUUUCUGAACAAGCGAGCACUCCCGCAUCUGAUUCCAUCAAAAUUUCUGAAGGAGUGCAAAUCCCCCAGUUAAAAACUACCCUUGGAACAACUUUUGAUGCUGUCGCCUCAGAUGAAGAAAUCACCAAGAAAGUUACCCCAUAUGAAGAGGAGGAAAGCGACUAUGUAGAGAAUCCUCCCAAAGAUGAGAUUGAUGUCGAAGUUGAAACUCCAUUGCUGUCUUUUUCUGAACAAGCGAGCACUCCCGUAUCUGAUUCCAUCAAAAUUUCUGAAGGAGUGCAAAUCCCCCAGUUAAAAACUACCCUUGGAACAACUUUUGAUGCUGUCGCCUCAGAUGAAGAAAUCACCAAGAAAGUUACCCCAUAUGAAGAGGAGGAAAGUGACUAUGUAGAGAAUCCUCCCAAAGAUGAGAUUGAUGUCGAAGUUGAAACUCCAUUGCUGUCUUUUUCUGAACAAGCGAGCACUCCCGCAUCUGAUUCCAUCAAAAUUUCUGAAGGAGUGCAAAUCCCCCAGUUAAAAACUACCCUUGGAACAACUUUUGAUGCUGUCGCCUCAGAUGAAGAAAUCACCAAGAAAGUUACCCCAUAUGAAGAGGAGGAAAGUAACUAUGUAGAGAAUCCUCCCAAAGAUGACGUUGAUGUUAAAGUAGAAACUCCAUUGCUGUCUUUCUCAGAACAACCUGUGAGCACUCCAGCAUCUGAUUCCAUCAGAAAGCCUGAAAGUCCUCCAACAACACAUGAUGAUAAACCGGAGACUGAAGAGGAGAAGAGCAUGUGGACCUCAUUUGGAGAUGCUGUUUUUUCAGUUGUCACUGGGGGAGAGAAAACGGCACAAGAUUUUAGUUCGGAGGAAGAUGACGAGGAAGAAGAAGAAGCUGCUUCAGAAGCCCCUCAGAGUUUUGAAGAAGCAAAGAAAAACAUAGAAAAACCGGUAUCCGUAGAAUUGGCAAAAGAGCCGGAAAAUAUAGAGCCAGUUCUUCAAGAUCCUGCUAAUCCCAGCUCUGUACAGACAGAUAAUAAAGAAAUGGACAGUGACUCUGAAAAACACUUGUUUGAUCGCGAUGAUGAGGAUGAAGGAGAAGUGAUCGGACCUGAGGAAACAUUAGAACCAACUGAUGAGCCGAUACCCCAUCAAACAGAAGCAAGUACAAAAUCAGUGGAUCCAAUAUCACAAGAUGAUACUUCCUCCAUUCCUGAGGCUCAAAAAUCAGAUCUUAAAACAGCAGAUGAACCCUUUGGGCACAAAGAGGAAGAAGAGGAAGAUUCAGAGGUCUGUAAUAGUAACACAGAUGUACAGGACAGUAGUGUUGAAAUGGAGCACAAUGAGGAUUUAGACAAUGAAUUGGCUGAAAACAAAGAGGUGAGCAAUCAAGAAUUAGCCAGUACCGAAACACAGCAGGACACGUCCACUGAGGAUUCAGAUGUAAAAGAUGAGGAAUAUACUAUAGAUGACAGCCUAUCUAAUCAGAUACACAACUAUUCAAUGACAGAUUUAGAGAGCAAUGACGGUCAACCAGAAUUAUCCGUGGAGGAACCAGAGAGUCAUGAGGAAGUUUUUACAGAGGUCUGGGAAGAUGAGAAAGAUCCAGAGGAGGAGAAAGAAGAAUUACUUGAAGAUGAAAAUGCACUUUCUUCCUCACAAUCAGACGACACCUCUGACAAACCCUCACCUGAGACAACCCUGCCCACUGCGUUGACUCCAGAGCCGGAAUACAGUGAUAGCGUGUUGAGACUGACGCUGCUUCGAGACCACUUCACAGAGGAGAGCAUGGAUCGGAUCCAAAAGCUUCUGGGUCUCAAGAAUCUCUUUAAAGUGGAGGCCAUGUUCUCUGACUUGGACAUAGAAUUGCAGGCUACACGUCUCUCAUCCACAGGUACUAUGCAAGACAUUGAAAAUGCACUCGAGGGCAUCCUGGAAGCAUCUGAGAACGCUAUCCUGGACGAGAUUGAGAAGAUGCUGGACAGCCAAGGCGCAAAACACAGUAAUGACCAACAUAUGGACAGUGGUUUGGAUGAGGAGACUGAAAUACUGGAUGACUUCCAGGAGCUUGCGUUCAGCCUACGACAGAAGUAUUCAACAGCCAGUGACAGCACGCCUUUAGCGACAGAAAAAGCAUCAGAUAUUGACCAAGGUGACGUGCCCUUCAUCGUUGAAGAAGACAAAGUUGUCAGCGUCCCUGAGGCUGGGAGUGAGGCCAACAUCACAGUAAGCGAUCAUGAAGAAGGGCCAGCAGAGACUACAGAGGAGCACAUAGUUUUGGAUGAGGUGCACAGUGGACCAGACGUUAGUGUGGAGGAGGAUAGCGGACACUUCAAUAAAAACAAAGACAAUCCGUUGAGCUUCAGUGCAUCAGACGAGAUACAGAAGGUCCCUCAAGACACCCUGGAAAAUCCCUUAGACAUGGGUCUUGGUGUCGAGGUUGAACACUCGCCCUCAGAAUCUUUGAAUUCCAUGGACCCAGUGACUGAAAUUCACAAAGAAGAAGUGGGAUUAUUAUUAACUGGACAUGUUUAUAUGGGCUGCAUACUGUCAGUGAUCAAGAGCAAAAUUGCAGAGUGGACCAUUGUGAUGAUAUCACUACUGCCAGAAGAGUGGAAACCUGGAGAUACCUUGUUUGGCUGUCCAUGGCAAGCUGUUGUCAUCACUGCUUUGGUUGGAGUAGUGACCUUCACCCUUUUCUUCUGGAGGGUUGUGUUGGCAGUAAAGAAGAGAGAAUAUCUGGUGGAUGAAAAAAGGUUGACCGAGCAAAUUUUGGCACUCAAAAAAGAGAAGAAUGAUGCUCUCUCUAAAAUGUCUGAACUCCAGAAACAGACUGAACAACUUAAAGAAAAUCAAAAACAGUCAGAGAAAACUGUCAGUUGUACAAUGAAAAUGAUGCAAAAACUGGAGGGUAAGGUUUUGGAGGCAGAAACACGGAAUGAACAGAUUGCUGAGGAAAAGAACAAAUAUGCAAAACAACUCGAAGAUGAGAGGGCAAACUCUCUGCAAAAUGAAACAAGGAUUGAGAAAUUGGAGAAGUUAAACGAGAAACUACAGCUCAGCAGGAAAAAGAUUCAGGAAGCUCUCGCUAAGACUACAGUUCUCCUGGACGAGUCCAAAAUUCGUGAAGAUGCCCGAAACGCUCAGCAUAAAUGUCUUGUGAAAGAUUAUGCAGCGCUAAAAGAAGAAAAUAAAACCCUUAAGGCUACUAUAAAGGGCUGGGAGGACAAACACAAGGAGCUGAACGAGCAAAUUAAAGUCUACCAAAAGUCCCAGAAAGAGCUGGAGGACUCUGUGGUGCUCAAAGAUCACAACGUGGAGGUGCUGUCUGAACUUCUGGCAGACCUAGAUGCUUGUGAUUCACAAAAAGGUGACACCAACGUGUUAGCCAAUUGUGAAGUAGCGCAUGACAAGAAGACAGCCAUAAAGAACAGAAUCAAACAGAUGAUGGAUGUUUCUCGGGUCCAGACCACUCUCUCUGUGGUCGAAGAAGAGCGUGAUCGCUUCAUGACCAAACUACUGAAUGAAGAAAAGACUAGAAAGUCACUGGAAGAACAACACCAGGAGCUUGAACAUGCAAUUGCAACCCUAAAAAGCGACAAGAGCCAUAUCGAAAACCAGUUCAAGAUCCUCCAGCAGAAAAAUGAAAUCAUGGUUGAAAUGUAUCAGCAGAAGGAAAACGCUUUGCAGCAGAGAUUAACGAAGGAAGAGUUGGAGCGACGCAGCAAAGAGAACAUGCUGUCUGAGGUUGGAGGGAAAGCUCUCGAGGCAGAGGAGCAGGUUAAAAUCUUAAAGCAACGCAUUAAUGAAAUGGAGGAGCAGAUGAAGAAGACUGAGGACGUCUAUAAAGAGCAGAUAAAAGAACAGGAAAACAAAACUCACUCAAACUGGGUAAAUGCUCGUAAUGCAGAGCGAGCUUUGAAUCAAGAGAAGCUUGAAUCAUCAAAGCUGCGUGAAAAACUGGCUGUAAUGACCUCCCAACUUAAUGAGCGCCGUGCUCCCCUCUUCCGACCGAACUCCGGACAACCUGCAGGUCCUCGCCAAGGUGAUUCAUAUGGGCCUUCUCCUGUGAGCGGGGGUGCUCCAUCUCCUCCAAUAAUGAUAGAGGGUCCCAGACGCCCUCCUUCUGCCCCAGUGGGGCGAAGAAUUGACCCAUAUGGUCCACGACCUCCAUCAGACCCACAUGGUCGUUACCCUGAAAACAAACACAUCUCUGGGAUGGACAUGAUGGGCCCACGUAGCUCCUCACCUGCCAACAUGGACGGAUGUACACAAGCAGUAGAUCCACAGAUAAAAGCAGAGACACAGACUGAGGUCUCCACAGACAGUCCAGAGACAGGCCCUGGAUCUCUCCUAGUGUCUCCGAUCAGGGACUCACCAGGCCCCAUGGUCCAAGGACCUCCACCCGGCCCUGGACCACAUGAGCAGCUCCUCCCUCCUGGACCCCACGGCCGUCUGCCACCUCCUGGACCUUACAGACCUCCAAGACCCGGCCCCUACCACCUCCCACCAGGUCCUCAUGGUCCUCCAGGUCCUCCACUUCCAGCCAACGGGCACCCAGGUAUGCCCCUGCCUGGACCAGUGGGUGGAGAUUUUGGACCCCGACCCGCCAACGGACAUGUGUUCCACCCCAGGCCAGGCCCUGGACAUGUUAUUGAUCCUCGGGGUCCACCACCGCCACACUUCCGUCCCCCUCCACCUCAUCACUUUGGACCGAUGCCUCUGCCACCUGGUGUUCGUGGACCUAUGGGACCACGUCCUCCCAUCCCUCCCGACAUGCGCUUCCCAGGACCACGUGACCACACCAGCCCACCAAUGAACCUGCCUCCAGGUGUCCUUCCCCACCCUGCAUAUCCUGGUGAUGCUUAUAGUCAGGGUCCACCUAAUGCCCUCCAGAACUCAUCAGGAGCUCAAACUGGCCCUGGACAGGACCUGCAUGUGAAGCAGGAGGCUCCUCAGGACUCAGUGAGGCCAGCGAUGGUCAAGCCUUAAGAAUGCCACCAGCUACAGCAGAGGACUUGGAUUUACUCCGUACCCAUCACAUUAACAACCCAGAUCCUGUCCAAACAUAGGUCAUGAUUAUUUUCUGGUUUCAGUUAUAAAAGCUACCAUGAUGUUUACGUAAAAUAACCAACAAAAAAAAACAUGGUCCUUCAAUUAAAGCACCAUCAAUAAUUAUGUCUGAAAUGAAUGAGUUGAGAGGGUUGCCACUUUUCUAAACAGCUUAUUGUGCAAUAAUCAUUAUUACAGAGAAUUUUCAUUUGUGUUUAUCUUUUAAAAAAAAUAGCAAUGAUUUUUAAGGAGCAAAUUUUUAAAUGUCAUUUCCUGUGGAAAUUGUUUUAAAAGAGGAUAAAAAAGAGGGAGGUUUAGCUUCGAGCAUUCAGGAAGACCUUAAUUUUCCCAAAGCUGUUGCUUCAAAACAGACUGUAAAGCAAAUGUGUAAUUUGAUGGCCAGAUGUAUAACUUAUUUUACUAUGUUGGUAGAACUUUUAAUAAUAAAGAAUGUAAAAGCUGUUGGUGUUAUAAGGCAUAAAUCUGUGCUGCUGCUGAGACAGAAACAUAAACAUCUGUUCUGUUUGUUAAAAGUCAGUUGACAUGUUAAUUUAUACAAAAAACAGCAUGUACCUUAUUCAGCUUAGUGUAUGCAGGGACAGAAGCAGAGUAGCCUUUCACCAAUAACUCUAGAUGCACAUCCAUCUGUUCUGUCAAUCUGUUUUGCUUUUUCGUGUAACAAACGAAUUGUCCUUUGGCUCAAACACAUGAAACUAUGGCCUCUCAGCUCAAUGAGAUUCAGCUCCCCUGCUGUUUUUUUUGUUGUUGUUGUUGUACUCAAUAGGUGAGGACAUUUGCUUGUCUGGUGAGUAAUCAUAUCAAACCUGGGGCAUUAGGUCACAUUGUUUCAGGACCAAAACACAAUGAAGAUAUAUUAAAAAGGGCUUCAUUA